GCAGCAAGCCGAUUCUCUGGUGCGGCCAACCAUCAAUUAGGCCAACGGGAUGGAGCGGGUGUGGUACCGGUGCGCCGUGCCACUGCUGGCAGCCCUUCUGCUGAUACAAGACGUGCUCACGUUCCAGCCGGACUUUUCCGAGCCGAUUGUCAACAUUUCCGUGGCCAUCGGGCGGGACGCGACGUUCACAUGCCACGUGCGCCACCUGGGCGGCUACCGGGUCGGCUGGCUGAAGGCAGACACCAAGGCGAUACAGGCGAUCCACGAGCACGUCAUCACGCACAACCCGCGCGUCACGGUGUCGCACGCCGACCAGAACACCUGGAACCUGCACAUCAAGUCGGUCACGGAGGAAGACCGGGGCGGCUACAUGUGCCAGCUCAACACGGAUCCGAUGAAGAGCCAGAUCGGUUACCUGGAUGUUGUGAUUCCGCCGGAUUUCAUUGCCGAGGACACGUCAUCGGAUGUCAUCGUACCGGAGGGAAGCUCCGUGAAGCUCACAUGCAGAGCUAAGGGCUACCCGGGACCGGUGGUGACCUGGCGGCGCGAGGAUGGUAACGAGAUCGCACUGAAAGACGCAACCGGAGCCAAGCAGCUUGUCACCUCGUACCGAGGGGAGGUGCUGAAGCUAACGAAGAUAUCGCGCAGCGAGAUGGGCUCCUACCUGUGCAUUGCCUCGAACGGUGUACCGCCCUCCGUUUCCAAGCGGAUAUCACUCAGCAUACACUUUCAUCCGGUGAUCCAGGUGCCCAACCAGCUCGUCGGUGCACCGCUGGCGACGGACGUGACGAUCGAGUGUCAAGUGGAGGCAUCCCCCAAGUCGAUCAACUACUGGGUGAAAGAUACAGGCGAGAUGAUAGUAUCGUCACCAAAGUACCACGUCCAUGACGUCAUCAAGUCGCUGUACGAGACGAAGAUGUCGAUGACGGUGCGCUCGUUCCAGAAGGAGGACGUCGGUUCGUACCGGUGCAUCGCGAAGAACUCGCUCGGUGAGGUCGACAGCAGCAUCCGGUUGUACGAAAUUCCCGGACCAAACCGGAAGGUGUACUCGCCGAAGCUGCAUCUGAACGACACGGGUAAGGAGCUGAUCGCCGGCACCAAGCACAACACGAAACCGAAGGUAAACUUCCCGCUGGAUGACGAGGAGCUCCAGUACGGCUCGGCCGAGGAUCUGGACGAUUCGAGCCUCGACCUGGGACCCGGUUCGACGCACCAUCAGCACCAUCACCACCACCAUUAUCCACCGAACGUGAAUGGCGCGGGCGGUGGUCAGGCGUACAACAAACCGGGAUCGGGCACCUCGCUCGGUCGCAAUCCGUACGACCAUCCGAACGCGGUGCAUGGGGGGGCCGGGGGUGGGUCGGCCACCGGUACGGUCGGUGGUGGUGGCCAGAACGGUGGGAAGCACCUGUCCUCGAUCGACAUCGUCACCCGGAAACCGUUCGCCAUUCCGCCGAUCCAACGCAACGGGCAGGACGGUGCGGGCGAUGGCAACGGGCCAUCGUACGGCACCGCGUCCGGUACGUCCGUCCGGUACGGCGAUCAGCUGCAGCUGAGCUUACGGCGGCUAUUACUGCUGCUGCUGCUGAUGCUGCUGCUACUCCCGGUGCUGCUAGCCCCACACUAGCAUCGCCCAUAAUCGGUCACCGGUCGGUCUGUACAAACGUUACUUGAAUAUACUUGUAUCUAUCAGUGAGUCGAGGAUGCGGCACCCCUUGCUAGCUACUUGGCCUGUUUGGCUGGCUGAUCCACCCCAUCAACGGUUGCCCGGCCAAUGUACAAACGUAAAAUCGAUCUUAUUACCGGCGGCGCGGGCCAACGACGUGUUACUAUAGGGUGUUACUUGUGCUAAACAAGGUAGCAUCACAAGGGCUUCUUCAUACUUCUAUACAGUAUAUAUAUAUAGAUAUACAUAUAUACACACAAACACACACACAACACAAACUUAUAUAUAUACAUAUAUUAUAUACAUAUACAUAUAGACCAAUUCCGUUGAGCAAUGUGAGGCAAUCCAGACCAACCAACUAAUGCCCCCUUCGGCGUUACAACCUGUUACAUUAAUUGCACCCCCUCCCCCCUCCCCCUUUCCCUUCCUUCCACUACCCAGGAUGGGUCAUCGAUCAUCGUGAUCGCUCCCCGUUCGCUGCUUUUGUUAAUGCGCGCACAAUACAGUUACUGUAGGUAAAUAAGUAUGUUUGGUGGUAGGGGGGUUGUAGCCUGAGCCUGCACUGAUGCUGGAAGGGUGUUCGGUGCCACAGCACGGAACCUUUUUAUCGUCAGCUCGCCUAGCUCAGCUAGCUAGACGUCUAGUCCCCCGAAUCAGAGAGUCAGCCCUUGUUGCUGUUAGGCUUUGCUUUUUGGUUAAACCACUUAAACCGUCAUUUCUCGGGAGAGAGAGAGAGAGCCAGAAAGAAGUUGUUGCUCUGUUGCUGCCGUUGUUGUUUUUUCUCUUUUCUUUUCUGUGUCCCAUAUCCAACGAGUUGAUUGAGAAAGAGCUGCAAAAGUGAGUGUGGCCUGCU